AUGGCCUCCAUCAAAUUAUGGAAAAACCCAAAUUAUGAUAGGACCACCAAACGAACUGACAAAAAGAGGCGGAUGGAGUUAAUCAAGUCCUACGCCCCAGAUUGGUCUGUCCGAAUCAACUUCAUAUUACUUUCCAUGCUCAAUAUUGUGAUUGUUUUCUUCGCGCUUGACGGUGUUCAUGGCUUUCGACGAGAAUUUUCGGUGCAUGAUGAAACCAUACUUUUCCCGUUUGCAGUCCAGGAACGUGUUCCGAACAUUGCCCUAUACUUCAUCGCGAUUGUGGCGCCUCUCGUCAUUCAAUUGGCGGUGAAUUUACUCACUGUUCGCUCAUUCUGGGAUUACCACUGCAGCGCACUCGGGCUCAUUCUGGGGCUUGCCAUCACAGGGGCUGUUACUCAGUUCACGAAGAUCACUGUUGGUCGUCCCCGUCCAGAUCUGCUUUCACGAUGCAUGCCGAUUUUAGGCGCCUCAGACCCCACUUUUGGACUCUCAUCAGAUGCGAUAUGCACAAAUACCAACACAGCUAUCAUGAUCGAUGGUUGGAGGAGCUUCCCCAGUGGUCACUCCAGCUUGUCCCAUGCCGGGCUUGGCUUCCUCUCGUAUUACUUGGCCGGAAAGAUGCACCUGUUCGAUACGAGGGGCCACGCUCACAAAGCCUGGAUCUCCGUCACUCCUAUCUUUGGAGCCAUUCUGGUGGCUAUUUCCCGCACCAUGGACUAUCGACACCACUGGCACGAUGUCGUAGCUGGAGCCAUCCUCGGACUGGCUAUUUCGUAUUUCGCAUAUCGCCAGUACUUUCCUUCGCUAUCAUCGCCGAUGUCUCAUAAGCCGCAUCCCCCAAGAGUACGACGUGAAGAGGGGGAGCUGCCUACUAUCAACCCUGCAACUGAACACGACCUUUCUUAUACAGAUGGCAUGGAUGGAGAAGAAGUGGAGUUGGUUGGUGGCGAUGUGCGCAAGCCUGACCCAGCUCUCACCGGGAGACAAGGCGAGUAUGGUGUCAACAUUGGCGAACCCCGCCUUUGAGUAUUUUUCGCCUUUGGACCUCUGUUAACUUUUUCGUUAUUCUUUACUGGACUAUUUCUGUAGCCAUAAUGACUCGUAUUAAUUGCGUAUAUGACAUUUGAAAAGAAUCGUUCACAUAUUAUUACUAGACCAAAUUUGAGUUCAGACCUGCGCUCA